ACGAAAACAGAAUGAGGAAAAACGUGAAACAGUCCCUUAAAUGUUAAGCUAACACCGACAGACCAGUGUAAUUAAGAUUGCAGUGUUUAUUUUCGAUUUCGGAAUUCAUGUUGCAUAUGCAGCUAAAUGUCACUUUAGUAAAACGGCAAUUUAUCGGGUGCAAAGCAAAGCGUAAUUUACGAAACGCGUUUAGCUUGCUGCCCGUAGCUAAGGGACGGGUGAAGGGACAAUAUUGCUGCUUAGUUGGAAAGCUUGGCUAACCAUCUUUGCCAAAACAUGGCAGCACAUCUAAAAAAGCGAGUCUAUGAGGAAUUUUCAAAAGUUGUACAGAUUCCCCAUGAAGAAACGCCCGCCAAAAAGCUGCGUCUGUCCAAACCCAGUAAGUCUGCGGCUCUGCACAUUGACCUCUGCAAGGCCACGAACUCCACUGAUGCCCUGCAGUACCUGCUGCAGUUCGCGCGCAAGCCUGUGGAGACGGAGAGCGUGGAGGGUGUGGUCAGGAUCCUGUUGGAGCACUACUACAAGGAGACGGAUAACUCUGUGAGGCUGAAGAUUGCCUCUCUGCUGGGUCUGCUGUCUAAAACGCAGGGCUUCAGCCCUGACUGCAUUGUAGACGACGCCAUCAACACACUCAGCAAUGAGAAGUCCCAUCAGGUCCUAGCCCAGCUGCUGGACACUCUGCUGGUCAUUGGUACACAACUACCUGAUAGUCCUGCAGUCAGAGAGAGGCUCAUAGAGGUGGCCUGCAAGCACCUGUCUGAUACGUAUUUCGGGGUGAGGAACAAGUGUCUGCAGCUCCUGGGAUGCCUUGGGAUGGUGGACUCUCCUCUGACCAAAGACAAUGAGGGACUGGGCACAUCAUUAGGAGGAGUGAGGGAUGUCCAGAGUAUCAUCAGCGACUACUUUGGAGACCAGGACCCCAGAGUCCGUACUGCAGCCCUUAAAGCCAUGCUGCAGCUGCAUGACAGAGGAAUGAAGAUUCAUGAGAUAAUUUAUGACCAGGCCUGCAGGUUGCUGUCUGAUGAUUAUGAGCAGGUCCGCUCUGCAGCAGUGCAGAUGGUUUGGGUGCUCAGCAAGCUGUACCCAGAGAGCAUUGUGCCUAUCCCGUCGUCCAAUGAGGAGAUCCGACUGGUUGAUGACGCAUUUGGGAAAAUCAGUCACAUGGUCAGCGAUGGCUCCUGGAUGGUCCGGGUACAGGCGGCCAAAACACUGGGUUCGAUGCUGCAGGUCAGUCCUCACUUUCUGGAGCAAACUUUGGAUAAGAAGCUGAUGUCAGAUCUCAGGAGGAAGCGUACGGCCCAUGAACGGGCCAAGGAACUCUUUACUUCUGGAGAGUUCUCCUCUGGCAGGAAGUGGGCCGACGACGCCCCCAAGGAGAAGCUGGAUACAAACACCGUCAACCUGAUCGCCUCGGGGGCCUGCGGUGCCUUCGUUCACGGCCUGGAGGAUGAGAUGUUCGAGGUCCGUAUUGCAGCGGUGGAGGCGUUGUGCCAGCUGGCUCGCUCGUCUGCCAGCUUUGCUGAAAAGUGUUUGGACUUCCUGGUCGACAUGUUCAACGACGAGAUCGAGGAAGUGAGGCUGCAGUCCAUCCACGUGCUGAGACAAAUCUCCACCCAUAUAACGCUCAGAGAGGACCAGCUGGACACAGUGCUGGCUGUGUUGGAGGACUCGUCUCGUGACAUCAGAGAAGCUCUCCAUGAAUUAAUUUGUUACACCAACGUCUCCACGAAAGAGUGUAUCCAGCUGGCUCUGCUGGAGCUGCUGAAGAACCUCAACAAGUAUCCCACCGACCGCAACUCUGUCUGGAAGUGUCUGAAGUUUCUGGGUUCCCGUCACCCAACGCUGGUGUUGCCGCUGGUUCCUGAGUUGCUCAGCACGCACCCAUAUUUCGACACACCAGAGCCUGACAUGGACGACCCGGCCUACAUCGCAGUGCUUGUGUUGGUGUUCAACGCUGCCAAGUCGUGUCCCACCAUGCCGGCGCUGUUCUCCGACCACACCUUCAGGCACUACGCCUACCUGAGGGACAGUCUGUCACACCUCGUACCGCCACUGAGAUUGCCUGGCAACGGUCUGGACUUGGUGGAUUCGCGUUGUGGUUCAGGUUCUGUGGAAUCAGCUCAGCUCUUCCUUCAGCAGAGUCUUAACAGGGUCAGCACCAUCCAGAAUCUGGAAGCACCUGGAGCCCAGGACCUACUGGACUUCACCAUACGAGACCUGCGGAGGCUGGGGGAGCUGCAGACAGAACUUGCUGGAGCUGCUGAUUUCUGUGCUACUUACCUGCGCUGCCAGCUGCUGCUCAUGAAGGCUCUGCAGGAGAAGCUGUGGAACAUGGCUGUCCCUCUCUGCCUCAAACAAAACGUCACGGCCACAGCAGCAGCUCAGCAGAUCUUGGAGGAAACCUACAAGCUGGAGUUUUUAUACAGCGGUCUGGACAGCAGACAGGUCGCCACAAUACAUCAUGUUCGCCUCCAGGCCAAAGCUCUGCAGCUCAUCCUGACUGCUCGUAGCAGGCAAGGGUUGGAUUCUCUCAUCAGCAGCUGUGAGAAGUUUUUGCAGGACAUUGAGUCUUUUCAGAGGCUCUUUCUGGCAGAACUGCCCCACCUCCAGGACAGUUUUGUGGAUAAGCUUUUGGAGCUGAUGCCCCGGCUGUCGUCCUGUAAACCAGCGGAGCUGGUGAAGAUCCUCCAUACGACGCUAAGACAGAGCGGCCUGCUGCAGCUCAGACUACCUGAACAGAUCCAUCAGGCGACAGCCACCAUCAUAGAGCCGACGGGGGAGUCCGACAACCCACUGAGGUUCACUUCUGGCCUGGUGGUGGCGCUAGACAUUGAUGCUACGCUGGAGCAUGUUCAAGACCCUCAGAACACUGUGAAAGUACAGGUUCUGUAUCCAGACGGCCAGAGUCAUGUGAUCCAUCCCAAACCUGGAGACUUCAGAAAACCUGGACCUGACAGACACAGACUGAUCACACAGGUUUACCUCUCACACACCGCAUGGACAGAGCCGUCUCAGAUUGAGGUGCGCCUCCUGCUGGCCUACAGCUCCUCUUCAACCUCCCUCUCCUCACCUCCCUCAGCUUCCAAGCUGGGAUGGAGUGACAGCAUCGACAGCCUCCCACCACCAGAGGCCGCGGUGGAGGGAAUCAUUCCGUUCAGCAAGCCAGUCAAAGUCUACAUCAUGCCCAAACCUGCGCGACGCUAACAGAACUCUUAACAAAUGAAAAACAGAACAGACGCUCACUCAUCACCAGCCACGUUCCCUUCAUUAGUGUUCGCUGUCUCAAUGCUGAUUUACAUUUCCAAAAAUACAAAACCAUUUUUGCUUUCUCUUUAAAACAAAUUCAUUUUUUAAAAUUGGAAAGCAAACAGCACGCAGAAAAAUAAUUCAUGGUGAAGUUGUGGGAGGCACAAGAGUGUUUUUUAGCAACGGUGCGCCACUUGUAUGUAGAAUAUUUUUGUAUCAACGAUUGUUUCUUAUAAAGACAAACUGGUGGUG